AUGGCACGUGGAGAGCAGCGGUCUCGCACGCUAUUGGACAUCGACUUCGAUGCGCUCAUCGCAAAGCAUCUGAAAGAAAACCACGUACCUGGGAUAAGCAUUGGAAUCAUCCAUGACGGCAAAAUUGAAAUCAAGGGCUACGGGUUUGCACAGUUGCCAUCGACGCCAGCGACUCCGGACACAUUGUGGCUCGCCGGCAGCGUCGCAAAAAGCUUCACCGCAGCAGCCAUUGGAAAGGUUAUUCAUGAUGCGUCGCCACCAUCUGUGUCCGGCAACGUCAAUGUCCGAUGGACAACGCCGCUGCAGGCCAUGAUUCGCGAGGAUUUCGUUCUCGAAAACGGAUACGCCACUGCACACACAACCAUCGAAGAUGCCCUAUCCCACCGCUCAGGAUUGCCAAGCCACGACAUGGCGUAUGGUUGGGAUCAUGCAUCAGCUCGCGACGUGGUGCGUCGCGCGCGACAUUUGCCGAUGAAUGUAGAGCCGCGAACUCAAUGGCAAUAUAACAACAUCCUAUACGCUGCGGUGGAGAUGUGCGUUGAGGCUGUGACGGGGCGCACACUCCCCGAGGUACUAGAAGAACGGAUCUGGAGGCCUCUUGACAUGCUUUCAACCACAUUUUCGCUGAUUGCGGCCCAUAAUAAGAAGGACUCGACAACGGGAACAUCUAGACUUGCUACCGGAUAUUACUGGCAUGAAGAAGGCGAAUGCUUUGUUCCGGACGAAUACAUGGACCUGACUGCGGUGGCCGGAGCCGGCGCUGUCAUCUCUUCGGUCAACGAUCUCGUAAAAUGGAUGAACGCUCUUCUCGAUGUCUCUUAUCUCUUCCAGGAGAUGACCACUCCUCGCGCCAUUAUCCCGCACGGAAGCACAUCCAUAUGCGACCACUGCAGCGGCCCAUCAACCUACGCUCUGGGAUGGUUUUUGCAUACUAUAGGAACCAAUCGAGUUGUCUCGCAUAGCGGUGGCAUGGUCGGCUUCGGCACAGUAUUGUACCUGGUUCCCGAACAUGGUGUGGGCUUCGUCACUAUGGCAAACACAAUGGGAUCUAGUAACACGGUGGGGCAAGCUUUAUUUCUCGAGGUACUGCAACGACUGAAUUUGUAUCGACCCGAUCCCGUCGAACAGCACGAGAUUCUACGUAUGACACCCACCUCGACCAUACCAGCGGAGGACCAAACCAAUCACCCAUCCCAAACACUCAUGCAGCAACCAGCACCACUGAGGAAGAACUGUGAUCGGCUCACUGGCUCUAUCGAGGAUUACCUAGGCAAAUACUGGCAUCCAGCGUAUGGCGAGUUCACCGUCAAGACCGCUCAUAACAUAGACCUCCUUCGUUCCAUGGCUAAAAUGGAAGAAGGUAUCGGAAUUCAAGCGAACGAGCAUGAUGUCUUUCUUCAGGCAGAGCCCUCGUCACGGACAUGGCCCUAUAUUUACUUGCUGAAGCAUGAUCAGGGCUCGACGUUUGAAAUGCAUGGCUUCUUUCCACACGGUCCUUUACCCGGGGAGAGAACACUCAAUGGCGACUCUGCAAACCCUAACGAAGACUCUGCGUAUAGUGACGGCAGUAUUGGCGCAGGAGCCCUCAUGAAUGGAACAGGCAAAGUGCCGUUCCAAACUGUAUAUCAAUAUCUCUAUCAAGUGAAGGCAAAGUUCGAGACGGGAGAUGUUGACAGGGGCUCUACACUGGCAAAGCGGCUGGGGAUGGAACUGAGCGUGGAGAUGACAGUGUCAGAAAGAGCAGAAAAAGAUCCAUCUGCGGGGAUGAUUUGGCUAGAGAGGAUCUAA